UCUGAAAGUAACCCUUUAAAAUGAGUAAGUAGGGCCGAGAUGGCACACGCCUGCAAUCCCAGCACUCGGGAGGCUGAGGCAGGAGGAUUGCUGCUCAUUUGAGGCCAACCUGAGCUAUGUAUUGAAUUCAAGGCCAGGAUGGACUCAAAGAGAAUAGGUAGUUUGCUGUAACUUGCCCAAGGAUUGCCCUAGAAGAAUUCCCACAAUUCAGGGUGCGGGCCCCGCCUCCUGUGGCCUUGUGCCUGUGGAUUGGCCCGUUUUGGCGCCCGGGCGUGGCUGUGGCCCAGCCGAGUCGGCCGUCGCCAUGGCCCACGCUGAGGCCCUGGGGCCUCGACGCUCGUUCUGCUCGCCUGUACCGGGUCUCCUGUGGCUCCUGCCGUGUUUGCUUGGCACUCGGGCCAACAAGCUUAACGUUCCGCAGGUGUUGCUGCCCUUCGGCCAGGAGCCAGGCCCCGCGCUCUUCCUGCUGGAGGCCGAGCGGGGCUGCUACGCCUGGCAUUCCACCCAUGAUGAUGUAGUUACUGUUGAGCCUUUAUAUGAAAAUGGCACCUUAUGUUCUCAAAGAGCCGUACUCAUUGCUGAAUCUACGCAGCCAGUAUGCCUCAGCAGUGUUAUUCUUGCUCGAGAAAUAGUGACUGACCAUGAACUACACUGUGAUGUUAAGGUUGAUGUGAUAAACAGCAUUGAAAUUGUAUCUCGGACCCGGAAACUCUAUGUAGAUGAUUCACCUCUGGAACUGAUGGUGAGAGCAUUGGAUGCUGAAGGAAAUACUUCUAGCAGUUUGGCAGGGAUGAUGUUUGAGUGAACCAUUGCUCAGGAUGACAAGUCAGCAAGAGAAGAGAUGUCUAGCAAAAUUAGGAUUCUGAAAUACCCUGAAGCAGAAUAUUCUCCCCCAGGCUACAUAGUUGAGAUGGAAAAAGAAGAGAAAUGAGGGGAUAGGAUUUUGGUGUCUGGCAUUAGAACUGGUAUUGCUGCUAUAAAAGUUCAAAUUUAUGAAUCAUUCUAUAAGAAUGUGGCAGCAGCACUGAUACAUCUCCUUGUUUUAGAGAAUGUCUUUCUUAUACCGUCCCAUGAUAUUUAUCUCUUAGUAGGAGCAUAUGUUAAGUACAAAGCUGCAAAAAUGGUUCAGGGAAUAAUGACAGAGGUGAAAUUUCCCCUGGAACAUUACACACUGGAAUUGCAGAAUCAUAGAGUUGCACAUAAUGGAUCUCUUUCUAGCAAAGUGGCUUUACUGGAUGAGAAAACGGCCACAGUGACUGCCUUCCAACUGGGCCAAACUGAUCUUGUCUUUGUCCACAAAAGUAUCCUUUUCAAAAAUUCAAAUAUCCACCUGCAAUCUGUUUCUGUACCCCUAAAUCGCACCAUAUAUGUUGUAGAUCCUGGAUUUUUAGGUUUCACCAUCUCCUCUGGAGACCGAUGGAGCCUGGAGGUUGGACAGGUGUACACCAUUUCAGUAGAGGUGUUUGAUAAAAGCAGCAAGAAGGUCUACAUUUCAGACAAUCUCAGAAUUACGUGCAGCUUCCUGACGGAGUAUUUUGAAGAGCAGCUAACUACUGUGAAUGGAUCUUACCAUGUAAUAAAAGUCCUGAAAGCUGGUGUGAACAUAAAUGGAUCUCUGACUUCCAUUAUUCACCAGAAUAACAGUAUUCAGCCUAUCAAAGUUCUGACUCAACACCAGCAAGAAGUGGUUAUUUAUUUCCCCAUCAAGCUCACACCUGCCUCCCUGGCAUUUCCUCAUCAUCCCCUGGGAGUGCUGUAUCACUAUCAAGUACAGGCGGAAGGUGAUAGUGGCAACUUCACCUGGACUUCUUCUAAUGAUACAGUGGCUGUGGUCACCACUAAAGGAGUAGUGACUUCGGGUCGAGUCAGGGGGAAAAGCACAGUGUGGGCCCGAGCUGUGCAAAAUCCCUAUCGGUGUGGGGAGAUGAAGGUGUAUGUCCUGAAACUGAACAAAAUGGAACUGUUACCCUUCCGUGCUGGUGAGAUUGGCCAGAUUAUAGAAAUCCGCAUCUCAAUGUAUCACAUGAAUGAGACCAAACAGGCUGUGGCAUUCACAGACUGUUCUCAUUUACCCAUGGAUCUCGACAUGGAUAAGCAAGGCGUCUUCAUUCUCCUUGAAGAAGGUAUGCAAAGACCUGGACGGAUGCACUGCACCAGUGUGCACAUAGUGGCCAGGUCUCCAGGGCACACCCUGGUGACCGUGCAACUGAGUGACCAUGAGGAGCACCUGCAGAGCAGUGCCACGUUCGCUGCAUAUGAACCCCUACAGGCCCUCAUCCCCGCGGAGGUGGCGUUGGUGACGUGGCGCUCUGUGAAGGAGAUGGUGUUUGAAGGAGGCCCGCGCCCGUGGGUCUUGGAGCCCUCCUGAUUUUUUCUGGAGCUGAGCACAGAGAAGAGAGAGAAGAUUGAAAUAACGGAAGUCCGGCUGCCAGCCAAGAGGAAACAGAACCAGGACAUACACCGAGUCCUGUGCUUGGAUUUAGGGGAACAAGUUCUCACAUUCCGAAUUGGAAAUCACCCAGGUGUUCUGAACCCUAGCCCAGCUGUGGAGGCCGUGCAGGUGCGUCUUGUGUGUGCCCACCCUGCCAGUGUGUCGGUGACACCAGUGUACACAGUGCCAGCUGGCAUCCAGCCGUGUCCUCUGCUGCAGCACAGUGCGCAACUGAUUCCUAUAUCAAACCUGAGGGACACAGUCCUGGAGCUCACAGUGUUUGAUCGGCACAGAAGAAAAUUUGAUAAUUUCAGCUCACUAAUACUAGAAUGGAAAUCUUCCAAUGAAACACUAGCCCAUUUUGAAGAUUGUAAAUCAGUGGAGAUGGUAGCUAAAGAUGAUGGCAGUGGGCAAGCCCGAGCACAUGGUCAUCAAAUCCUUAAAGUACAUCAGAUAAAAGGGACUGUAUUCACUGAAGUCAAUUUUGUGGGAUACUCAGAGGAGAAGAGCCCAAAGGGUGUUGCCAGCACGCCCAGGUCUGCAGCCCUGGGGCUGCUCCUGGUGGAGGAUGUGACUGUGCGGCCGGAGAGUGCCACCAUCUACAACCACCCCAACGUGCAGGAAGUAUUUAGCCUCGAGGAAGGCUCUGGUUACUUUUCGGUCAGCAGCAGUGAGCGGACGGACGUCGCUGCCAUCACUUACACAGAAGCGGAGAGCUCUGUGCAGUUAGUUCCUGUACGGCCUGGAUUUCUCACCCUGGAAGUCUGUGAUCUGUGCCUGGCUUUCUCCGUUCCAGCAAAAGCCCACCUGAGGGUGUCAGACAUACAAGAACUGGAGCUCGAUUUGAUCGAUAAGGUUGAGAUAGGCAGAACUGUGUUUGUGACAGUGAGGGCUCUCAACUCUUCCAAACGCCCAUUCCGAAAUAAAUACUUCAGGAACAUGGAGCUCAGGCUGCAGCUCGCGUCGGCCAUCGCCACUCUGACACUAAUGGAGGAACAGGAUGCGUACUCUGAAAACUAUGUCCUUCAGGCCAUCGCUAUUGGGCAAACCACACUUGUGGCUGCCGCCAGAGACAAGACAGGGAGAAAAUUCACAUCAGCCCCUCGGCACAUUGAAGUGUUUCCUCCAUUCAGACUUGUUCCAGAGAAAAUGACACUGAUUCCAGCUAACAUGAUGCAGGUGACAUGCGAAGGCAGCCCUCAACCCCAGUCUGUCAACCUCUUCUCCAGCAGUAAUCAGUCGGUGGCUGUCGUUAACAGGAGGGGGCAGGUUACAGGGAGAGCAGUUGGCACAGCUGUGGUCUAUGGCUCCAUCCAGACAGUAAAUGAAGACACUGGCAAAGUCAUUGUAUUUUCCCAGGAUGAAGUGCAGAUUGAAGUUGUUCGGCUAAGGUCUGUUAGGAUCGUUGCAGCUACAACUCAACUCAUCACCGAUGCCGAGAUGCCAGUGUAUGUCAUGGGAGUGACCAGUACACAGAGCCCUUUCUCCUUUAGCAAUGCCCACCCAGGGCUCACUUUCCACUGGUCCCUGAGCAAAAUGGAUGUGUUGGAUCUAGUGCCCAGGCAUUCAGAGGUUUCCCUGCAGCUUCCAGAAGAGAAUAACUUUGCCAUGGUUGUUCACACAAAAGCGCCUGGCAGGACCAGCAUCAGAGUCACCAUCCGCUGUGUGGACAGCUCCUCCGGGCAGUUUGAGGGGAGCGUGUUGGAACUGUCUGAUGAAAUUCAGAUCCUGGUGUUUGAAAAACUCCAACUUUUCAAUUCAGAGUGCCAGCCUGAGAAGAUUCUAAUGCCUCUGAAUUCUCAGCUCAAACUCUACACUAACAGAGCUGGGGCGGCCUCGGUCACCGCACGAGUGCUCCAGUGUUCCCCUAACCUGCCCGUGGUUGAGGAGGAUGGUGCAGGACUCCUGAAAGCUGGUUCCGUGGCAGGAACUGCUGUGCUGGAAGUCACUUCUGCAGAACUUUUUGGAGUCACAACCAUAACUGGGGUCCAGGUGGCUCCAGUGACCUACCUGCUUGUGAGCAGCCACCCCAGACUGUACACAGCCCCAGGAAGGACACUGUCAGCCUUUCCUGUGGGCAUGGCGCUCACUUUCAUUGUCCAGUUUUACAGUAGCAUCGGAGAGAAAUUCCAUACGCACAGCACGCAACUUUAUCUUUCUCUGAACAGAAAUGACCUGCUGCUUAUUGGACCAGGAAGUAGGAAUUAUACCUACACAGCCCAGGCUGUGAGCAGAGGGCUAACACUCGUGGGGCUGUGGGACCAGCAGCACCCGUGCAUGGCAGACUACAUCCCUGUGGCCUUGGAGUAUGCCAUCGAGCCAGACACCACGCAGACCUCUGUGGGGGAUGUCGUCUGCUUCAGCACGCAUCUCGUCAGCGAGCAUGGUGAGCCUGGGAUGUGGAUGAUUUCUGAUGACAGUACUCUACAGACAGAUGUUGUCACUGGAGUUGGCGUGGCCAGGAGUCCCGGAACUGCAAUGAUUUUUUACGACAUCCCGGGAGUAGUGCGAACAUAUCGAGAGGUGACAGUCAAGGCAUCAUCAAGAUUGACAUUCACCUAUGACCUGAAGAAUUCUCUCACCAACAGCCCCCAUGCAGCUGCAUUCAAACUCUUCAUCACUACGGGCAGGAGUGGUGUCAAUCUGAAAGGCUCUUGUACCCCAAAUCAGGCCCUGGCCAUCACAAAAGCCCUUUCUCCAGAGACCCUCGUGCUGUGCCAUGUACAGUUCAGUAAUACUCUGCUAAACAUUCUGGCAAGUAAAGUCUUCCAUGUCCAUUCAGACUUCAGCGUGGAGAAAGGGGUUUACGUCUGCCCAAUCAAGGUCAGACCGCAGUCAGAGGAGCUGCGCCAAGCCCUCAGUGUGGCUGACACCUCGGUCUAUGGCCAGGCCUCACUGCACAGUGAUGGCACCCAGUCGGGGAUUUGGAGUGCGCCCCUUCCCUUCACCCCUGCCUUCUACAUCAACCAGUCGGAGCUGCUGCUCAGCCACAGACAGGCCGCCGGGGCGCUCCGAGUCCAGGGUGUGGACAGGGUUCUCCACAACUUACAGGUCUCCCCCAGCUCCCUGGUCCUGGUGGUCUCUGAGCACUGGCACUCCCCCGGCCUGGCCACGUACCCGGUCCUGGUGGCCAACUUUACUGCCCUCCAGCAGAUGGCCUUCCCCGUGUUCAUCAACAUCUCCUGCUCGCUCACAAGCCAACAAGAGGCUGUGGUGGUGAGAGCUGAGAGAAAUUCCCAUGCAGCAUACAGUGCCUUCCUGAACAAGAUACAAACCGUUCCAGUUGUUUAUGUACCAACUGUAAGAACACCACAGCCAGGGCUUUGUACCUACACAAAUUCUUCCUCUCCCUUCAUGAGCACACAAGCCCCAGCCCUCCAGAGCCAGCUUCCACGUUGGCUAUGGAGUGCAAGGCACUGACCUACCCUUGGAUGAGUUCCCUGCAACUGUCGGAAAGAUUUCCAGCCCAGCCACAUUCUCUACACUAAGCCUCUGAAAACAAGCUCCUGAAAAGUAUAAUCAAAGGAUUUUAAGCUGUUUUAAUAAAACUGCUGUUGGACUGUGUUGUAAAUAUUGUCAGCUCUUGACACUAAGAAAACAUUAACACUUACUUGCCCCGCACGACUAUUCCACUCUUCUGGCUGCCCCUGAAUAAUGGAGGCAUGAGCUUCCUAGCAGUUACACAAGACAAUAAAACGGGACAUAUCCAAAAUCUGUUUAUUGGGAUG